ACCAGCUGUUUAGUCUGUUUUUUUUUUAGGCUGAUGCUAGUCGGUCAACACGUGGGGAGGAGAGAUUGACUUUCCACGGGGACACAUUUGAAAUAUUCACAUUAUCAGUAUCGCUUUCAACGUGGCGACACCAAGGAACGUAAAACACUGUGUAGCUGCUAGUGUCCAGAGGAAAUGCCACUGAGGUUUCGCUCUUUUGUACCGUACACACUGCCUGGAGUUCUUGCACUUAUUGGCUGGUGGUGGUACAUCUCACGGAAGAGAGAGCGGCUCAUCAGUCAUGACAGCCCAGACGGGGCUCAAACUGCCAUGGGCCUUAAAACAUCUCCAGCAGAGGGUAGCAAUGGCUUGGUUGAAAAAGGCACUGUAUCCUCCACAAAUGACACAGAAUGCCCCACCCACAGACCUCCAAAGGUCACUAACCAGAGAACAGAACAUGAAAAUAAUUCACAUAUACAUGUUCAGGGCAGUGAAGCCUCGCCUUCACUGAAACCAACUUCUGAAGAAGCUUCCCCUCACCUUGGCAGAACAAGAACAGAGGAACUCCUUAAACCAUUGGUCGUGACCCUUCCAUCACCUGGCGAAGAAGACAGCCCGCAGGUGUCAUUGAAACACCAGAAUGACACAGAAAAAAGCUCAUCACUUGCUUUAGGAAGAGAGCUAGAGAAACACCAGAUCAAAGAUUCAGCCUCUGCACCAGAGGCCUCAGAGGAGGUUAUCUUGCCCUGUCACUCUAACAAAGACUACCUCUCUGAUGCAGAGAGGCCUGAGCCAGAGGGAGAAGUUGCAAAGCACAACAGUACAAUUAAUACACAAGAUAAGAUUAUUGUUUGCGCAGUCACUCCAGCUAAAUUGCAGAGCGUGAACCCAUCAGAAUCUGACUCUCUUGAGACACCCCCUACAGUGCAGGAUUUCCACCAACACAUUCUAACGAGCACACCUACCACUCUGGCCCUGACCUCCACAGCCUUGACCAUGGUCCAAGGCUCUCUCACCAACUCCGUUACCCCAGGGGACAUGCAGAUACACAAUAGCAGUGGAAAGGAGCAGGAUCUGGAGCUUCUGGCAGCUGGACUCAUAUGCGAGGUCAUCUCGGCAGCCACACAGGAGGUCUUAGGUGUCACCAGGUCCCAAAUCACAGAUAACAGUCAGCCCAGCUGCAGCAGCAGCACGCCCCCGGCUAGCAGCAGAUUGUGCUCCCAACAGGAGACAUUCACAGCGGCACAGCAGCACCACCAUCUACUGACAAGCUCUUCUCAGAUAAGCUCUGAGUCUCCAGAGGCAACAGAGAAAGAAUGGGAAGGGAUGCCUAAUGGAUGUUCCUCAGCUCCAGUAUGGGAGGCUGCUGAGGUCAGUCAUAGAGUUUGUCAGACACACAAUGCACAGAGAGGCCAUUGGCCAACAACAUCACACGAAGCAGCACAAAGUAUUCCUCUGCUUAACAUGAAACUGAAAGUUGAUGAAGUGGCUUUGCUUGCUGAGGACUCAGCCUGCAGCACAUGCCACUCUGAGGAUGGCAUCAGCAGCGAGGACCUCCAGAACAGCAUGUUUAACAACCAAAGGGAUGUGAUCCAAAUUACAGACUUGUCAGCAAGAGGAGCUGCACAGCCUCAGUCACUAGUUGAGUCUGCCUCAGAGGCAAUGGUUUUGGCUGCAACUGAAGAAAACUCAGUGGAUGCUGUAUGUGAGAUAAAGAGGCUCAAUGGAAUAGGCCUGAGGAAUGGAGCUCAUGGGGCAUGUGAGCUGGAGACAGACCAGUCUGGAGGCUCUGAUGUCAAUAGUAUGGACUCAGUGGAUAGUGGCUGCACUAUGGGUGCUGGGGAAAGCCAGAGCAACCACGCUGCCUCCUUGAGCUCAGAGCUCAUCAUCUGGGAGAUUGAGGUGCCAAAGCAUCUUGUGGGGCGGUUAAUCGGGAAGCAGGGGAGAUUUGUGAGUUUCCUCAAGCAGAACUCUGGUGCAAAGAUCUACAUCUCCACCCUGCCUUAUACACAGGAGUUCCAGAUCUGUCAUAUAGAAGGUACACAGCAGCAGGUUGACAAAGCCCUGUCAUUGAUUGGAAAGAAGUUUAAAGAUCUGGACUUGACGAACUUGUAUGCACCUCCUCCGCCCCCACUCACGUUGCCAUCACUUCCCAUGACUUCCUGGCUUCUGCUUCCCAGUGGGGUGACAGUUGAAGUGAUAGUGGUGAACAUCGUUUCAGCCGGUCACGUCUUUGUCCAGCAGCACACCCAUCCCACCUACCACGCGCUUCGAAGCCUUGACCAGCAGAUGUUCAUCUGCUACUCCCAGCCAGGCACCCCUGCCUUGCCAUCACCUGCUGAAGUUGGUGUGAUCUGUGCAGCUCCAGCAGUGGAAGGAGCCUGGUGGAGAGCUCAGGUCAUCACCUUCUAUAAAGAGACAAAUGAAGUGGAGAUUAGAUACGUUGAUUAUGGGGGCUAUGACAGAGUUAAGAUUGACUCACUACGGCAGAUAAGGUCUGACUUUGUAACACUACCAUUUCAAGGUGCAGAAGUAUUGCUUGACAACAUUGCCCCACUUCCAGGAGAGGAUCGUUUUUCCCCUGAGGCCACAUCAGCAUUGGAGGAGAUGGCCAGAGGAGUGGCAUUGCUUGCACAGGUAUCAAACUAUGAUAACAACACAGGCCUCCCACUGGUCCACCUGUGGAACAUGGUCGGAGAUGAGGUGAUUUCAGUGAACCGUACACUGGCAGAGAGAGGCCUGGGUACUUGGGUGGAUGGAUUUUGAGCUCCUAACAUGCUCUGACCUCUACACCUCCACCUACCCUCCUUAUUCUCUUGUGGUCAGCAAUCUGGGACCUGGGCUAGCCUGUGGUCCCAGCCCCACCAGCCCCACCACUGGAUCUAAGAAGAUUGUUUUUCCUCUCUUUUUUGUUGUUGUUGUGGGGGGGGGGGGGGGGGGGGUUGUUUGUUUUUGUUUGUUUGUUUUGUUUUUUCCCCUCGUUCACUUCCCUAUUCCUUUUGAAAAGAAAGUUUUUGCAGGAGUAAUGUACAAGAACAUAGCACUGCUUCAAAAUAAAGCCACCUUCCCCUCUUACACUUGUACACAAAAAAAGAAGAAGAUACUUGUAAAAAAAUUUUAUAAGAAAAUCUUUAUUCUAACUAAAUAAAGGUGCAACCAAUAUUUUUUCCUCCCCCAUCCUACAUUAAUUUUUGCUCUGGGCCUUUACACUUUAACUGUGGAUCAUCAUGGUGUAUGGAAGGACAGACACCUCCAUCAGACUAUGUAGACAAUUGUUUUAGAAUUUCAUUGGCACCUCAGCUAUAAUCAUAUAUAGGUUAAUACUUUUCAAAGUUGAUUUAGCAGGGAGUUUUCUUGUCUGGAUAGAAUGUUGGGGGUGCCCUGAGACUAUAGAGAUUGCUGGGUGAUAUCACUGCAAAGAGCAGAUGAGGUCAGCAGGGAGUCCCUGGUGGAAUACAGAGCACCCAGCUGGUUGCUCAGCCCUGUAGCCUCAAGAGACAUGGACUUCUCUGGGGUCUCCACUCAGCUGUUGCUGCAUCUCCAGCUAGGAUGGAGGAGCAAGCUGAUUGCUUUUGCUCUUUGCCCUGUCUCCACCAACUUGCUCUGCAUUACAGAAGAACCAGGAUUUUCAACCUACCAGUCAAAUGCAGUUGAAUAGCUUUUCCCAUUGGAUCUCUGGAACUUUGAAAGUUGGGCAAGAUUUCUCAAAUGCCAUAUUUCCAAGAUGCAUUUCCUUGAUAGCCUGUCACCAAGGCAACAUAUAGCUGAUCCACAUCAUUAUAUGCCUGUUUGAAGUCCUCAAAUUACAUAUGUUCCCUUUUUAAAGACUGACACAACUGUUAAUAUCCAUUACAAUUUUGUUACACCACCUUCAAAUCCCAAAAUGUUGUAUCCAAAGUCUUGAAAGAUGAUAAUAUACAUUCACUAAGCACUUUAUCAUGAACACCUGCACACAUGCUCAUGCAGACACAGGUUAGUAGCUUCAGUUAAUGUUUACAUCAAAGAUCAGAAUGAGGCAUAAGUGAGACCUCAAUGACUUUGACUGUGGCAUGAUUGUUGGUGCCAGAUGAGCUAGUGUGAGUAUUUCUGAUUUCCUGGGAUUUUCAUACAGUCUAGAGAUCUAGAGUCUACAGUCUAGAGGUUGCCAGACUGGUGCAAACAUAAAUGCCUUGUAAAAGAGAGAUCAGAAGAGAAUAGGCAGACUGGUUUGAGCUGGCAGAAGGGCUACAGUAAGUAGUGGCAGUGGUGAGCAGAAAAGUAUCUCCAUAAAAGACCAUGUUGGGUUCCACUCCUGUCAGCCAGGAACAAAAAUCUGAGGCUGCAGUAGCCUGCAAUGCAAUAGCUUGCCUGAUGAAUCUCGAUCUGUUGAGACACGCACAUGAUAGGGUCCGAAUUUGGUGUAAACAGCAUAAUUUCAUGGACCCAACCUACCCCAACCUGUCAACAGUCCAGGAUGGUGGUAAUGGUGUAAUGGUUUGGGGAAUGUUUUCCUGGCACACUGUGGGCCCCUCCUCAUCCUUUUUCCAACAUCAUAAUGCACCAUCUCAAACUGGUGUCAUGACCAGGAGAAUGAGUUCAGUGUACUUGAGUGGCCUCUCCAGUCACCAGAGCACCUCUGAGAUUUGAAUAAAUUGAAGAUUUGAAGCAUGAAUGUGCAGUAAUCAUGUGAUGCAGUCACAACAACAUAGACCAGAAUCAAGACUCUCAGGUUUUGAGUGCAGGAGGGAGUCUGUACCCUGUAUUAAUGUGGUGUUCCUAAUAAAGUGCUUAGUGUGUGUGUGUGUGUGUGUGUGUGUGUGUGUGUGUAUAUAUAUAUAUAUAUAUAUAUAUAUAUAUGCACAAGACAUUUCCUCUUCCUUUAAGAUAAAGACUGAGUGCAUUUUUUAAACAUGGAAAUUUGAGGGGGAACAAAGCUGUUAGAGGUCCAAGUUGAUUAGUCUUUGUGAUGUACCUGUUCAAUUCUGUGCAGUCAUAGCUGGGAUUCAGCAUUAACACACUAUGUUAGUGAUUAAUCUGAUCACUUUCAGUAUGAUGGCAUAAUGCUACCAUUAUUGUGAAGCUCUAAUGUCUACAAAGACCUCCACUUAGGGAACCACUAUUAACUCAGACUGAUGAGGGAAGGAAAGACCACACAAAAUAGUUUGCAGUGCUGCACUUCAGUGAAGACCAAUUUUUAACAAGUGAUGAAAAUCUGGUUUGUGUCAUUAGUAUGCAUUGUAAACUGACCCAGGAGCACCCUUGUUCAUCACUUCACUGUGUUGACAUUUGUAUAAACUGAGUGCUCAAAGUCUCAGUGGACCCUGUCAUGUAUCAGCCUGUGUGUUAAAAUACAGUGUGCAGUGCAGAGCAGCAACUUGUUCUUCACAUGUGAAUAACAGAUUUAACUUUGAUAAUUGAUGAUUUGACACAGUUUGAUUUCAAGUCCUCAAGACCAAACCUGAAAACUGUUGAGAUAACUUCGAUUUUUAGGAGCUUGUAUAAUGAAGUGGAUUUGCUUAGGGAACCCCCCCAGAUAACCAGUAUCACAGAGCUGAUUACCAGUCAUCUAUCUACUCUGGGUUUUCCUAUCCAGGUAUGAGAGUGUUCGUGUGGAAUAGGUGUCCUUAAUGACAAAUGACACUAUCAGAGCCACAAGUGUACUUAAUAUGACACGAGAUGACAGUGAUACCUAUGGAGAGAUUGGGUUAUUAAGAAAGUUGAGGUUUUCAUCAAUCCAACUCAAAAAGAAUGUGUUCACAGAAACUGAUACAUGGUUCAGGAACUCAGACAAAAACAGAUCCCAUCAACUCAGUGUGGCUUCAAUUUGAGAAGAAAUCACACCUAAGAAAAAGGAAUAUAUUUCAUUACCCUGAAAUGGAUACAGUUUUAUCGGGUAAUAUUGCUUGCUGAACCACCUGUCUGGAUCACUUAAACCAUAUUUGAAGAACAAGGUGCUUCUGAGGGAGAACCACAAUCCUACAUACUGCAGCAGCAUUUUAUCUUUGGAUUUCAGUUAAUGUGUCUUGUCACUGUAGUAGAAAUGUAUUUUUUAAAACACUGAAUUAUAAUCCUCAUCCAGCAUAAUGAAGUCAGACCUUCCCUGUGUUUGCACUUCUGAAAUGACGACGUUAAAUUCAGCUUGAAGGGGCCGAGUGAAAAAGAGACUAAUUUCCACAAUGACUGUAAUUCUAAAUAACAUUAAAUCCAUGUACGUCAUUAUUUUUAUUGUGUCUCAUUUCAGUGGAAAUGAAGUCAGUGUUACUCUAGCAAUAAGGCAGCUUUAUUUGGGGCAGGGGGUGGGGGAGUUAUACUAAGAAUUAGGAAAGUUGACUGAAUAACUGUUGUCAAACAUCACACAGGUAAAAGCCCUUAAUAAUACAUUACUUCAAUAAUGUAUCUCAGGAAUGGUUAAUAAGAUGAUUGCUUUGUAAAUCAACAUGCCGGAGGGCAGCUGAUAGUGGACAGGGUGAUGACUGUGCUUGAAAACUUCAAAUUCAGAUGUAUAGAAGAUAAGACAUGCAUUAUUUCUUGAAGAACGUAAGCACAUAUUGGUGCUGGAAUCGGAGCAGUAGCCAUAUUGUCUGUUAUUGGCUAGUUUGUAUCCUUCCUCUGUUUCUCAUGAACUCUGCUCCUGUCUCUCUUUUUUUUAAGUCUAGAUAAAUAUGCCGGUGUAUUUCCCCCUGCUACCCAGAGACCCUCUAGGGUUUUGUUCAUUUCUCUGUAAAUAAGAUUGACUGUACUUUUCUAUAACACUGGAGAGAAAGAGAUAUAAAGGGAACUUUUUUUUUUUUUUUUUUUUGGUUUGUUUCUAUUUGGUUUGGUCAGGUACAUCCUGCUUCCUCUCUAUCAGUGAAGUCACUUAAUGUUCUCACACUGUGGAACAGACUUUAAGUGUUUGGACAGCUAGACAAGUCAUCAUUUGAUUAUUUAAAUGGGUGUUAAGCUGUUGUGCCCAAAAGCAUUUAACAUGUACAGAUCAGUUUUUGCUAGACUCAUCUUAAAUUUGAUUUGCUGAUUGUACAGAUGUAUUGGGGAAAACAAUAAAAGUUAUUGAAAGUG